GGCCCGGCGCAGCGCGGCGCCGUCAGGGAGCUGAGACUACACUUAGUUACCUGGAAUGUGGGCACAGCUUCUCCACCUCCUGAUGUCACUAGUUUACUUCAGCUCAAUUCACUGGGCCCAAGUAUGGAUAUGUAUGUUAUAGGCUUGCAGGAGGUGAACUCAAGAAUCACAAAUUUUCUGUCUGACUUGGCAUUUGAUGAUCCAUGGAGCAUUUUUUUCAUGACUGUAUUGUCUCCAUUGGGAUAUAUCAAGCUCUCCUCCGUUCGCAUGCAGGGAUUACUACUUCUGAUCUUUGUGAAGCACGUCCACCUUCCUUUCAUACGGGACAUUCAUACCCACUACACACGCACAGGGCUGUAUGGAUACUGGGGAAACAAAGGAGGAGUCACCGUUCGCAUGUCCCUCUAUGGUCAUACAAUUUGUUUCAUGAAUUGCCACUUGCCAGCUCACAUGGAGAACACAGAGCAGCGACUGGAUGACUUUGAGAAAAUUCUGGAAAUGCAGUUUGAAGGAGAGAAUAUUCCAAGUACCUUGGAUCAUGAUGUUCUCUUCUGGUUUGGAGAUCUAAACUUCCGGAUAGCAGAUUAUGGGAUACAUUUUGUCCGAGAAUCAAUAAAUAACAAGCGUUACAAUCUGCUGUGGGAAAAGGACCAGUUAAAUAUGGCAAAAAAGAAGGAAGCAUUUCUUCAGGAAUUCAUAGAGGGUCCUCUGCAGUUUAAACCCACCUACAAGUUUGACCUUUAUUCGGAUGUAUAUGAUACAAGUGAGAAGAAAAGAAAGCCAGCGUGGACUGACAGAAUUCUUUGGAGAGUGAAAAAUCUCUGCCAGCAUGCAUCAAAAGAAGGCAAAUUCUCUGAAGAAGAACAGACAAUUUCUGUUACUUUGCAUAACUAUAUCAGUCACAUGAGCUAUGGCAUCAGCGAUCACAAACCUGUUACAGGAACUUUUGGGCUUGAGUUGAAGCCUCUUCUAUCAGAUCCUUUGGUUGCGCUGAAUCCUGAGGGUGAGUGGAGUGCGGAACAUGAUGUUCUCAUCAGCUAUUCUGCAGUGCCUGAAUUCCCAAGCAGUGCUUGGGACUGGAUUGGACUCUUCAAGGUGGCUUUCAGGCAUGUGAAUGACUAUGUUACUUACGCUUGGGUAGAAGAUGAUGAAAUUUCUUCAAACAAAGACAGUAAACAAGUUUACAUGAGUGCUGCAGAAAUACCUGAUAUGGGAGGAGAAUUUUUGCUUUGUUAUUAUAGCAAUAAUUUGCAGUCAAUAGUUGGUAUCAGCCAGCCUUUUCAGAUUCAGCCUAACAGAACAUUAAUAGAAAAGGAUCUGUCACAGGAAGAGAACAGUUGGAUGCAGAAACCUGACAAUCUGGAAUCGCAUAAUGAGUUCUGA